AACUCGUCGAAAGAAUUGUUUAAACACUGUAGAAAAUGUGCACGGGUUUUUUUCUUUAUUAAUUUAUUGAUAUUCGGAGAAACAUAGUGGAAUUAAUUAAUUAUAUUGAUAUUUGUUUAUACAUUUGUAUUUAGUUUUAUUUAUGUAAAUUAUUAAUUAAUUAAGUUUUAUUUAUUUUUUUUAAAUAUAUAUAAACAAAUAUUUACUGUGGAAUACCUAACAUAUUUAUAAUUGUAUGUUUACAAUAGUGGUAAAGUGCUGUGUUCGAAUGUAAUUUCAAAUGAUUUAAAAUAAAGAAGAAAACGUAAAAAUUAUAAGUGUUAUAAAAAUAUAAUAAUUAUAAUUAAAGCAUGUUAUAAAUGCGUGACAAAAUGAAAUUAAAUAUAUUAUUCUACCAGUUCUACUUUCUAAAAUGUAAAGUGUACGUGUAGAGAAAAAAUACUAUAGAGAAGAAUAAUAAGUUUGGAGAAAUUAAUAAAAAUAAUUUUAUUAUUAAAAUAAAUAUUUAAAAAAAUAAAAGAGUAAAUAAAAAAAAAUACAUAAUAAUAAGUAAAAUUAAUAUUGUGUGUGUGUGUAUAUAUUUAAAUAGAGAAUAAUUUAAAAUAGAGAGAAAAAAAAAGAAAGAAAGAAAAUAAAGCAAUAAGAAGAGAAACCAACCGUUCAUAACAGAAGGAGCUUAAAAGGUAUGUGUGGGACGUUGUGAACUUUUCAAUUUUCUUAGUUCUGGAUUUAUGUAGGAUAAAUUACUUAUGGUGUACUUAUAUUAUGGCAACAAAUAACAAUUUGUUCAUAAAUCUGUGGAAUUCCUUAGGGGGAACAUAAAUUAAGACACGAUACGCAUGACUUCGUGGGGAUAAGGAUACAGGACAUUUUUCAAUAAAAGAUGAUUAAUUAAGUCAACUUCAAUAAACUGUCCAUUGAAAAUAUCAUGUUUAAUUGAAAAGAACAAAAACAAAAUAAAAACUAGCAACAUAGCAUUUCCAAAGGAAUCGUGAGCGAAAAAGGAAUGUUAAGAGAGGAAAAAUAUUUUUAAUUUUCAGCUUUACUUUCGCAUUAUACCGUAAUAAAAAAAAUACUUUUCACUUGCUUAUAAUUUCAUCAUUGUCAUCGCAUAGCCUGCCGUCAAUGUAUACAUAAUUUGAUUUCAUAUAACAAAGUUAUUAUCGCGCGUAUAACAUCAAAAUUUAUUUCCAUUUACAUUAUCCGCCACAAAAAGGAAUAAAUGCAUAUGUAUGUGUAAAUCAUCGUGUUAUUAAGGAGCACUACAUAUACUACAAUAUCAACUCAUAUAUACUUAUAUACAUAUAUAUAUAUAAAAUUUUGUAAUAAUGAUGAGAAUUGAUGAUAAAAUACAACUAUUUUUAUUAUUAAAUUAAAUUAAUUUUUUUUAUCGAACGGCGAACAACACACGAUGAAUUUCAGAGAUGAUAUAAAAAAUCGGAUAAUUUUAAUAAAAAGAUUUCGAAAUCAUAAAAAACAGAAUAAAAAAACUACUAAAAAACCAAAUCGAACAGAAUAUGUUGAAAAAUAAACGUCAACCAAAACCGAUACGAUGGGGCCUCAAAAAAAUCUGUUGGGGACUUAUCAAUAUAACAGUACCGAGGCAUCAACCUCGUAGCUGGAUUGAAACAAAUUUCCAAAAACGGGAAUGUAUUAAAUUUAUUCCGUUUCCGAAGGACGAAACAAAAUGCUGUUGCGGGCAAUCACGAACAACACAUCCAACAAUACCUGGUAUAGAAAGUGGAUCACCAGGUGAUAUAUGGGUACCAUAUAAACAUACACGUCCUCAACCAACAGAUGCUUAUGGAACAAUUGAAUUUCAAGGUGGUGCUCAUCCAACUAAAGCUCAGUAUGUUCGUUUAUCGUUUGAUACCCGUCCGGAAUUGCUAGUUCAACUUUUAUCAAAAGAAUGGAAUCUUGAAUUACCUAAACUUUUAAUAACAGUACAAGGUGGUAAAGCUAAUUUUGAAUUACAACCAAAAUUAAAAAAGGAAAUUCGAAAAGGAUUAAUAAAGGCUGCAAAAACUACUGGUGCGUGGGUUUUUACUGGCGGUACGAAUACAGGAGUAACCAGACAAGUUGGCGAUGCAUUAUCAUCAGAAGGUCAACAACGGACAGGACGUGUUGUUAGUAUUGGUAUCGCUCCAUGGGGAAUCGUUGAAAGAAAUCAUGAAUUACUUGGACAUAAUCGUGAAAUACCAUGUCAUAGUAUUAGUUCACCAAGAUCUAAAUUGGCCGUGCUAAAUAAUCGUCAUGCUUAUUUUUUACUAGUUGAUAAUGGUACACAAGGAAAAUAUGGUGCUGAACUUAUUUUAAGACGGAAAUUAGAAAGAUUUAUAUCAAAUUUGAAAUUACAUCCGUUUACACAUUCAUGUACACCAGUUGUUUGUUUAGUAAUUGAAGGUGGAACGAAUACAAUACGUGCCGUUCUAGAAUAUGUUACUGAUACACCGCCAGUUCCUGUUGUUGUUUGUGAUGGAUCCGGUAGAGCUGCUGAUUUAAUAGCUUUUGUGCACAAAUAUGCUUCUGAUGGAGAUGAGCAACCUGUACUGGAGUCAAUGAGAGAAUAUUUAAUUGGCACAAUACAAAAAACAUUUGAAGUCGGUUUUGAGCAAGCAGAAAAGUUAUACCAUGAACUCCUUCAGUGCACUAGAAAUAAAAAUUUGAUUACCGUCUUUCGAAUACAGGAGAAACCAGAUGGUGAAGCUCAAGAAUUGGAUCAGACAAUAUUAACAGCCUUAUUUAAAUCCCAACAUUUAAGUCCACCGGAACAACUUAGUUUAGCAUUAACAUGGAAUCGUGUUGAUAUAGCAAGAACAGAAAUUUUUGUUUAUGGUCAAGAAUGGCCGUCAGGUGCACUCGAUGAAGCAAUGAUGCAAGCAUUAGAACAUGAUCGUAUCGAUUUCGUUAAAUUAUUAUUAGAGAAUGGCGUUUCGAUGAAAAAAUUUUUGACAAUACCCCGUUUAGAAGAAUUAUAUAAUACAAAACAUGGACCAGCUAAUACUUUAGGAUAUAUUUUAAGAGACGUUAGACCACAUAUACCAAAAGGAUAUGUAUAUACUUUGCAUGAUAUAGGUUUAGUUAUUAAUAAAUUAAUGGGAGGUGCAUAUCGAUCAUAUUAUACACGUCGUAAAUUUCGUCCAAUUUAUGCUAAGGUUAUGAAUAGUUAUGCAAAUGCCCAUCGGAAAUCAUCAACUUAUCAACGUUAUGCCGGUGCAAACUCUAUGAGCCUUGUUACUGGUUUAUUACCAUUCACCUCAGAAAUGGCACUUUUUGAAUAUCCGUUUAAUGAAUUGCUUAUGUGGGCUGUAUUAACAAAACGUCAAGAGAUGGCAAUGUUAAUGUGGACACAUGGAGAAGAAGCUUUAGCUAAAUCACUUGUUGCAUGUAAAUUAUAUAAGGCGAUGGCACAUGAGGCAGCUGAAGAUGAUUUAGAUACAGAAAUUUAUGAUGAAUUAAGAAAUUAUGCUAAGGAAUUCGAAACUAAAGGAAUAAAAUUGUUAGAUUUUUGUUAUCGUCAAGAUUGUGAUAAAGCUCAAAGGUUAUUAACAUGUGAAUUACAUUCAUGGUCAAGUCAAAGUUGUUUGUCGUUGGCUGUUGCUGCUAAUCAUCGUGCUCUAUUAGCGCAUCCCUGUAGUCAAAUAAUUUUAGCUGAUUUAUGGAUGGGCGCACUUAGGACUAGGAAAAAUACAAAUUUAAAGGUGAUACUAGGACUAUUAUUUCCACCGUUUAUUAAAAAAUUAGAUUUUAAAUCAAAAGAAGAAUUACAAUUAAUGCCACAAACCGAAGAAGAGCAUUUAGAAAAUCAAAAUUUAGAUUAUGAUGAUCUCGAUAAACAUCAUCCUGAUGCAGAGAAUGCUCUUACAAAAGCAAAACGAUCAAUUUCAUUGAAAUAUCGAAGAGGAAAUAAUUCAGCACAGGCCCUUUUAGCUGACACUUACUCGCUGCGAGAUACAAAAGUUCAAGAAAAUGGAAAAGUUGGCCUAACCGGAGCCGAUGCACCAACAUCCGCUAAAGUUAGCUUUGAAAAUCAAAAUAAUGAGGUUUCUCUAUCGGAUUCAGAUCCGUCACAAAUUCGAGACUUUUUUAAUAAUACACAAGACUAUGAAGCUCGUCAACUGCAACCAUUAAGGCUGAAAAAGAAAAUUUAUGAAUUUUAUACGGCACCAAUAACAAAAUUUUGGGCUGAUUCAAUGGCCUACGCGUUCUUUUUAGUUAUGUUCACAUAUACUGUUCUUGUUAAAAUGGAUACGGUACCACAUUGGCAAGAAAUUUAUUCAAUAGCCUAUAUUUUUACAUUAGGCUGUGAAAAAAUUAGGGAAAUAAUUUCGUCGGAGCCUGUAGCAGUAACGCAUAAAUUUUCAGUGUGGGCAUGGAAUAUGUGGAAUCCUUGUGACGCUGCCGCAAUAAUAUUUUUUGUGAUUGGUUUUUCAUUGCGUUUUCGUGAAAACACAAUGGAUAUCGGUCGUGUGAUAUACUGUGUUGAUAGCAUUUAUUGGUACUUGAGAAUUCUCAAUAUUUUAGGUGUAAAUAAAUAUUUAGGUCCUUUGGUUACCAUGAUGGGCAAAAUGGUUAAAAAUAUGAUUUAUUUUGUUGUAUUGUUACUUGUUGUUUUAAUGAGUUUUGGUAUUAGUAGGCAAGCAAUUUUAUUUCCAAAUAAACCACCAAGUUGGAAACUGUUGCGUGAUGUAUACUUUCAGCCAUAUUUCAUGUUGUAUGGUGAAGUAUUUGCUGAUGAUAUUGAUCCACCAUGUGGAGAAGAUCCCUCACAAAAACCAUGCCUGACAGGUCAUUGGGUAACACCGAUAACUAUGGCUAUGUACUUAUUGAUUGCUAACAUAUUGUUAAUUAAUUUGUUAAUAGCAGUUUUUAAUAAUAUUUUCAACGAAGUGAAUUCUGUUUCACAUCAGGUUUGGAUGUUUCAACGUUUUACGGUUGUUAUGGAAUAUCAACAAAAACCAGUUUUACCGCCCCCUUUAAUUGCUUUCUGUCACUUUUACUCUUUACUUAAAUACUGUAUUAGGAAAGCUAAAGGUACGCAAAUGGGACUUGAAGUUCAACGUGAUAACGGUUUAAAAUUAUUUUUGGAAAAAGAUGAUCUUGAACGCUUAUAUGAUUUUGAAGAAGAAUGUGUUGAAGGUUUCUUUCAUGAACAGGAAAUAAUUUUAAACCAAUCUACGGAAGCAAGAAUAAGAACAACAACAAAUCGUGUUGAAAAUAUGUCACAAAAAAUUGAAGACAUAAAUCAAAAAGAAAAUAUGCAAACAGCUACAGUACAGAAUAUUGAAUUUCGGCUUCGUAAGGUUGAGGAGUCAACCGAUGAAAUUUUAUCUCAUCUAGCAGUAAUUCACCGUUUCAUGUCGGCUCACACAUUAACACAAGAAGCAUUUCCAGGAUCUUCUGGCAAUCUAAACAACUUGGGUAACGAGCUAAGAUUACGAACAGUUUCUGUAACAGAACCACUAGAAAGCACCAACACAUUGCAAGUGAGCAAUGUAAAUACCAAUCGUCGAAAGUUUAUGCGAUCAUUAACAGAAGUUCGUUCAGAUGCAUAUAUAUUCGAUGACGGAACUCAUUUUGAAGUUGUACCCGUUCCAGAAGAAAAUGAAAUGAUACGAUCACGAGAAACGCUUAACCUGAGUGGCGCAGGCGCCAAUCGUAAGGCUUCAAUUCAAUCAGAGGAUUCUGACCCCUACACUGGCUCUGGUCAACAACAACAAACCCAGAAACAAAGUUCCAUUGGUGAAUCUCGAAAGCCACCAUUCCUUAAUGUUCGGCAAGAUACGACAACAAGUACUGAAAGCAAAGACACCUUAACACCAUUAGGUCAUCCAAAUGAUCAUCAGUUAGAUGAACAUGGCGAUUCUUCAGAAAAUAUUAUGGAUAUUGAUUUCUCAAAUGUAAAGCAACGUGCAAUGCGGCAAAGAACUCAAUCUGCGAUAUGUCGAAGAAAUUCGGAAAGCUGUUCGAAUUAUGAUAUGAAUCGAUCACAAAUGAGUUUAAAUCAAUUAGCGAUGACAAAAAGGCAGUUAAGCUUAACUCAAUCUGAACCAGAUAGCGGAAACGAGCCAGCAGUAGCGGUAUCCGUUAAGCCAGUAAUACAAGCAAGGCAUCCCAGAAAUUUGCUUCUACAAUUUCAUACUGAAUACACUUCAAUUACAGACGAACUUGAAAGUGUUUGCCACAUGAUAGCUUCUCCAACUACAUCUAUAACAGGACCAACUGAAAGACCAAAAACUAUAAAUGAAAUGUCUACUGCCGAAUGUGCUGCUUUGAUAGAAAAGCAGCAUUUAAAGGAAUGCGAGGAGAAUGAUUAUCUGAUGUUGGAAGGUUUACUCCAAGCUCGUGGAUCACAAGAUGAAAAUAGUGGGACUUCGUUAGAAGCUUUUCCGGUGGACCGCCGUCCCUCGCUACGCCGUGAAUCAGCCAUUGAGCUAUCUCCAUCUAAGCCUCCGGUCGGCUCUGAUAUGGGGUUUAAUAUUCAAAACGAUCAUACUCUUUAUGAACGGCAUUCCUCAAGUGAAUCACAAACUUCUCGUAACCAAAAUCAUCAAAAUCCACAAAAACAAGGGCAAUCACAACCAUCUUAUUCACGUACAAGUAGUGAACUUUUAAAUCCAACUCAAAUUGAUACAAGAAUCUUUCGAAAAUCAUGUGAAAGUUUGCAAAAAAAUUCUAGUACUGAAACAGAUUAUUCACUACAUCCAUACCGGGUCAUAAAACAAAGCUCAAACGAUACAACUGCAUCAAUGACCGGAUCAUUUAAUAUUGACACUCCAUCAAUGACAGCAGAGCCAUCCUUAGAUGCUGUAGAUCUUAAUGCCGCACAAAAUUCAACUCACUCAAUUACUGUUGAUUCUUAUACCAGUACAACAACAACCUCCGCUGCAAGUGUUGUUAGUAAUACUGGAAAUAUCAAUUCUGUAACUGGCUCAACUUAUCAUCAUAAAGCAACCACUCCAUUACGUACAGUACAAACAAUAGGAACAUCUGAUUUACGAUAUCCUUUAUCCAAACAUUUAUCAACAGAUCCAAUAGGAUUACAACCUACUCAACCUAGAUCAGCAAUGUUAAAAAAGCAAUAUAGUAUGGAUCAAACAAAAUACUCACCAAAACGUACAGCUUCAGAAUCAGAUAAAAUUGAUGAAGACAUUUGUGCUCCGGGCGAUUUUACUAAAAUUGGUUUAUCUACUGCCACACCAAUUAUUAGUUCUGUUACAACACAAAUUCAACAGCAACAUCAGCAGCAACCAACUAGUAGCAAUUUAGUUUUAAAUCAAAAAUUAUUACCAUCCCCAACAACAACAUCAACAAUAUUAAAACCAUCAAUGAAACUAGCCCCACCAACAUCAACCAUUAAAAUGAGCUUAAAUGUCCUUUUAGAGAGUAGCUCAAGUACAGAAGAAUCGAAAGAUGAAGUUGCUUGUAAUACAAUAAUGCCAACAAUUAGUACAAAUAUCGUACAAGAUGAAAUUGCAAAACUAUCAUCAAAUAUUAAAAGUAGCACCGAUUCAGAAAAGGAUCCACCAUACAACGAGACAAUGUGCUGAUUUUGAAUUAAUAUUUAUAAACUAAAAACUUUUUUUUCUUUUCGUGUUUUGAUUUAAUAACAGAAUAUUAAAAUAUUUUCGCAGGCGUAAAAUUUCGUCCCUGGUUUACCUUUACUAAAAGCGAAAUAUUUUGAGUAAUUCUAACGAUUUUAAUAUAAUUACAAUAAUAUUGUUAAUUUUUUUACAUAUUGAUAUUUCUGAAUCAAUUUUCCAAUUUCAAUUAAUCGAAAAUUUUUUACUUAAAUUAACCUAAUAUACUAGCUGUAUUCUAAUUACUUGUAAUAUAAUUAUCUAGUUACUGCAGAUAAUUUUUCUCAAUAAGGAUCUUUUCUAUAUUCUGGAGUAAAAUUACUACACAAAUAUCAUUUUCAGAAUUAUUCAAUAUUGUUAUGUACAUGCUCAAUGCGAAUAUUAUUUUAUUUGUAUGAAACAAUUACUUGCGAAUUACUGCUUACUGAAAAGCGAGUCCUUCAAAUUUAAAAACCACUUGCAGUAUUUAGUUUUAGACUUACUAAAGUAUUAAACUUUUACUCCAGCUAGGACAGCUAAAAAGGUAGCACUAAAUUAUUGUAUUUAGAACUUAAAAUAUUAAUGGAAUACAGCUUUCACUUUCAAAGUAUAUUUGUAAGCAAUCUUUUUUGAAGGUAUUUUUUAUUCUCAAAUUUAAAAAAAAAAAAACUUUAUUGUAAAUAAUAAUAAAAUUCGAA